AUGGCAACGGACGAGUUGACGACGGAGGCGAGGCCGCUUGACGUGACUGUCGGUUCUGCGCUGCUCAGUGACUCGGCGGCAGUAACUGUCCCCGCGGACAGGGAUGCGACUGCGCUCAUGGCAACGGACGAGUUGACGACGGAGGCGAGGCCGCUUGACGUGACUGUCGGUUCCGCGCUGCUCAGUGACUCGGCGGCAGUAACUGCCCCCGCGGACAGGGAUGCGACUGCGCUCAUGGCAACGGACGAGUUGACGACGGAGGCGAGGCCGCUUGACGUGACUGUCGGUUCCGCGCUGCUCAGUGACUCGGCAGCAGUAACUGCCCCCGCGGACAGGGAUGCGACUGCGCUCAUGGCAACGGACGAGUUGACGACGGAGGCGAGGCCGCUUGACGUGACUGUCGGUUCCGCGCUGCUCAGUGACUCGGCGGCAGUAACUGCCCCCGCGGACAGGGAUGCGACUGCGCUCAUGGCAACGGACGAGUUGACGACGGAGGCGAGGCCGCUUGACGUGACUGUCGGUUCCGCGCUGCUCAGUGACUCGGCAGCAGUAACUGCCCCCGCGGACAGGGAUGCGACUGCGCUCAUGGCAACGGACGAGUUGACGACGGAGGCGAGGCCGCUUGACGUGACUGUCGGUUCCGCGCUGCUCAGUGACUCGGCGGCAGUAACUGCCCCCGCGGACAGGGAUGCGGCUGCGCUCAUGGCAACGGACGAGUUGACGACGGAGGCGAGGCCGCUUGACGUGACUGUCGGUUCUGCGCUGCUCAGUGACUCGGCGGCAGUAACUGCCCCCGCGGACAGGGAUGCGACUGCGCUCAUGGCAACGGACGAGUUGACGACGGAGGCGAGGCCGCUUGACGUGACUGUCGGUUCUGCGCUGCUCAGUGACUCGGCGGCAGUAACUGCCCCCGCGGACAGGGAUGCGACUGCGCUCAUGGCAACGGACGAGUUGACGACGGAGGCGAGGCCGCUUGACGUGACUGUCGGUUCUGCGCUGCUCAGUGACUCGGCAGCAGUAACUGCCCCCGCGGACAGGGAUGCGACUGCGCUCAUGGCAACGGACGAGUUGACGACGGAGGCGAGGCCGCUUGACGUGACUGUCGGUUCCGCGCUGCUCAGUGACUCGGCGGCAGUAACUGCCCCCGCGGACAGGGAUGCGACUGCGCUCAUGGCAACGGACGAGUUGACGACGGAGGCGAGGCCGCUUGACGUGACUGUCGGUUCUGCGCUGCUCAGUGACUCGGCGGCAGUAACUGCCCCCGCGGACAGGGAUGCGACUGCGCUCAUGGCAACGGACGAGUUGACGACGGAGGCGAGGCCGCUUGACGUGACUGUCGGUUCUGCGCUGCUCAGUGACUCGGCGGCAGUAACUGCCCCCGCGGACAGGGAUGCGACUGCGCUCAUGGCAACGGACGAGUUGACGACGGAGGCGAGGCCGCUUGACGUGACUGUCGGUUCUGCGCUGCUCAGUGACUCGGCGGCAGUAACUGCCCCCGCGGACAGGGAUGCGACUGCGCUCAUGGCAACGGACGAGUUGACGACGGAGGCGAGGCCGCUUGACGUGACUGUCGGUUCCGCGCUGCUCAGUGACUCGGCAGCAGUAACUGCCCCCGCGGACAGGGAUGCGACUGCGCUCAUGGCAACGGACGAGUCUACUUUUGUGCGUGGUCCCAUGAGUGUUUCUGUGGGAAUGGAAACUGUGUGUAAUUUGUGUGGGGGUCUUGCGGCCGAUGUGACGCCUCUGCAUGUUCUUUCCUCUGUUGAUGGAGGUGAGGGUGUGGCGAAUUGCCGUGUGGCUUCUGCCGCGCGCGCGGUUGUAGUUAAGAAGGGUAACGCACGAGAAAUGGGCAUUGCAUCAGGUGUUUUGGAGAGUGAUGCGGUGGCUAAUGCUUUGCGACGGCCUUUAGUUGAGCUCAGCGGUGUUGAGGAGAUUGCUGCUGUGGAGUGGCGCAAAGGUGUUUCGGGCGAAAAUCGUCCGUCAGUUGUGUCUUUGGCGGCCCCGAGUCCGAGCUCGGAGCGUCGUGUCUUCACGGACGUCUAUCCGGAUCGAAGCUUUAUUCCAGGAAGUGAUGUGCGCCGGAUGGUUCUUGUUGGGAAGGCCCGCGUACAGAAUUUGACGUCUGCCAGCUUUGAGCGCGCGUUUGACGGGUCUGCGAGAGGUACGCGCGCCAUGGAGGAGGGGGUGGAGGCACCGAGGCCGCUGCCCUUGCUGAGUGCGGUGGAAGAGUGUGUCGGUGGGGGCCGGAGGGCCGCCAGCCAGUCGGCGAAGCAGCCGGCGGCGGCAUCAGCGCCAGCAGAUGGGGUGCCGAGACGCGGGGUUCGCUUUGCCUCUUUUGCUCUUGCGCCGACGCCGCCGCCAUCUUCCGAGCAGCGGAGGCCGGUGCGCAUUCAGCGGCAGUAUGACGCAUACCAGGGGACGGUUCCCUCGUGGAGUGAUCCCGCGGUGCUGUUACCGCGGCCGGUGCUACGCCUGCGUCCCGAGAGAGUGUCGCCUGCCAAAAUGCAGUCGUCCAAGCUCCCACCGGUGCGACAGCAGCAAGAAGGAUCACACCCGUACCAUAAUAAUAAGAAUGUUCAGCAGCAUUUGACGCCGCGAGGAGCUGCGAACACGCUGGUGCAAAGACCCACUGGAGAGGCGGCUCCGUCUGUGUCUCACCGACGAUUGGCCGAGGUUGUGACAAGGCUGGCGACCUCUCGAACUUCAUCGCCGCAGCUCCAUGCGCAGCAAUCCAUUUACUCGCUACUGCCCGCGGUGCGAACCAGCCCUGAUCAACGCGACGCGCUGUACCGUCAGCGUCGACGGCGGGGAAGCGUUUCUCAUGCCCGAAUGGGGCCCACCGCCGCAGGCCCGCCAACACAUAUGUCCUUUCGUAACGCACCGUGGGGACCGGCUCUAGUUUCCACAUGGGCGCAUCCAAUGCCCCGCAGCACAAACGGCGCCUCGCAGACUGGGCGUUUUGUGGGCGACAGGAAUGUAUUCUAUUACUAG